CGUUUUAGGUUUCUAGGAGUCCUGUGGCACGUUUCUCUUCUGGGUCUUUGAUUUUAGGUUUGUUUCUUUAGUGGGUUCUUUUUGAUUUUCCUUCACAAACACUCUCUUUCUCGUCUGUGUUUCUCAUUCAAAUAUCUAUUCCCUUAGGGUUUGAAUUUUCUGCAUCUGUCCAUUGAGCUAGUUUGUUGCAAUAGCUUUUUUUUUCUGCUUUUAUUUUUGUUGCUGGGUUCUGUUUUUUCAGCUCUGAAGUUUGUGUUUAAGUUAUUUAGGAGCUAGGUCUGUUGAUGUUCUCCUCCUCCUUGUGCUUUGUCCUUUUGUUUCCUAUUCUGUUAACUAUUCUGGGUCCUUUUUCUUCACCGUUAAGGUUGGAUGUGUAUAUAUAUGAUUAUUUAGUGAAAAGGAACUUACAGGCUACAGCAAAAGCCUUUCAAGGUGAAGGGAAAGUGUCUUCAGACCCUGUUGCUAUUGACGCUCCUGGCGGUUUUCUCUUUGAGUGGUGGUCGGUGUUUUGGGAUAUCUUCAUUGCAAGGACAAAUGAGAAACACUCUGAAGUAGCUGCAUCUUACAUUGAGACCCAAUUAAUCAAGGCAAGGGAGCAACAACAGCAGCAGCAGCAGCAGCAACAACAACAGCAACAACAACAACAGCCUCAACAACAGCAGCAGCAGCAGCAAAUGCAGAUGCAACAACUCCUACUGCAGAGGCAUGCACAACAGCAGCACCAGCACCAGCAACAGCAACAACAGCAGCAGCAGCAGCAGCAGCAGCAGCAGCAGCAGCAGCAGCAGCAGCAGCAACAGCAGCAGCGAAGAGAGGGGCCACACCUUCUAAAUGGUACUUCCAAUGGACUUGUUGCCAGUGACACUCUUAUGCGGCAGAACCCUGGAACUGCAAAUGCCUUGGCUACAAAAAUGUAUGAAGAAAGGUUAAAACUGCCAAUUCAAAGAGAUCCGUUGGAUGAUGCAGCUCUGAAGCAAAGGUUUGGCGAUAACGUAGGCCAGCUUCUGGAUCCAAACCACUCAUCAAUGUUGAAGUCAGCRGCAGCGGCUGGCCCGCCAUCUGGGCAAGUCUUGCAUGGGACAGCUGGUGGCAUAUCAGGGACCCUUCAGCAAGUUCAAGCUCGGAAUCAGCAGCUUCCUGGAUCUACACAGGACAUAAAGAGUGAAAUGAAUCCGGUAUUGAAUCCCAGAGGUGCUGGUCCUGAUGGAUCAUUGAUUGGAGUUCCUGGAUCAAAUCAAGGUGGUAACAAUUUGACUUUGAAAGGAUGGCCACUCACUGGACUUGAACAGCUUCGUUCUGGGUUUCUUCARCAGCAAAAGUCAUUUAUACAGUCCCCACAGCCUUUUCAUCAACUUCAGAUGUUGACACCACAGCAACAGCAACAACUCUUGCUUCAAGCACAGCAGAAUAUAAACUCCCCAUCUGCCAAUGAUGUUGACAGUAGAAGGCUUAGGAUGCUUCUGAACAAUAGAAAUAUUGGUCUUGGAAAGGAUGGCCAGUCCAAUUCUGUUGGUGAUGUAGUUCCAAAUGUUGGAUCACCAAUGCAAGCUGCAUGCCCAGUUUUACCCCGUGGGGAGACAGAGAUGCUAAUUAAGAAAAUAGCACAGUUGCAGCAGCAGCAACAACAACAACAAAACAGCAAUCCACAACAGCAACAGCUUCAGCAGCAUCCACUUUCAAGUCAGCAGUCUCAGAGUUCAAACCACCAUCUUCACCAGCAAGACAAAAUAGGUGGUGCUGGAAGUGUUACAGUGGAUGGUAGCAUGUCAAACUCCUUUCGAGGAAAUGAUCAGGCUUCAAAAAACCAGACCGGGCGAAAGAGAAAGCAGCCUGUGUCAUCUUCUGGACCUGCCAAUAGUUCAGGAACUGCAAACACAGCAGGACCCUCUCCAAGUUCAGCACCCUCAACACCCUCAACUCAUACCCCAGGAGAUGUGAUCUCCAUGCCUACUUUGCCUCACAGUGGUAGUUCAUCUAAGCCUUUAAUCAUGUUUGGUUCUGAUGGAACUGGCACUUUAACAUCACCUUCAAAUCAACUGUGGGAUGAUAAAGAUCUUGAAUUGCAGGCUGACAUGGAGCGCUUUGUGGAGGAUGGGUCUUUGGAUGAUAAUGUCGAAUCGUUCUUAUCUCAUGAUGAUGCAGACCCUAGAGAUACAGUUGGACGCUGUAUGGAUGUCAGUAAAGGAUUUUCGUUUAACGAGGUUGGCAUUAUUCGAGCAAGUACCAGCAAAGUCGUGUGCUGCCACUUCUCAUCAGAUGGAAAACUGCUUGCUAGUGGUGGGCAUGAUAAAAAGGCUGUAUUAUGGCAUGCAGAUACUUUAAAACAAAAGAGUACGCUGGAAGAACAUUCUUUGCUGAUUACUGAUGUUCGUUUUAGUCCAAGCUUGCCACGUCUGGCAACAUCUUCUUUUGACAAAACUGUCAGGGUUUGGGAUGCUGACAAUCCAGGUUAUUCUCUUCGUACUUUUAUGGGGCACUCUGCUUCAGUCAUGUCAUUAGACUUCCACCCAAAUAAAGAAGAUCUCAUAUGUUCUUGUGAUGGCGACAGUGAGAUACGCUACUGGAGUAUCAAUAAUGGUAGUUGUGCCAGGGUCUUCAAGGGCGGUACAACUCAGAUGCGAUUCCAACCACGUCUUGGGAGGUAUCUUGCGGCUGCGGCUGAGAAUGUUGUAUCUAUACUGGAUGUGGAGACUCAAAUGUGCAGGCAUUCAUUACAGGGACAUACAAAACCAGUUCAUUCUGUAUGUUGGGAUCCUUCUGGCGAACUAUUUGCAUCUGUGAGCGAGGAUUCUGUCAGAGUAUGGACUUUUGGUUCUGGCAAUGAAGGGGAGUGUGUUCAUGAAUUGAGCUGCAAUGGGAACAAAUUCCACUCGUGUGUUUUCCAUCCCUCGUAUUCUUCUUUGUUGGUGAUUGGCUGUUACCAGUCCCUGGAGCUUUGGAAUAUGUCUGAAAACAAGACAAUGACUCUGUCUGCACAUGAAGGUCUAAUUGCAGCCUUGGCAGUAUCAAAUGCAACUGGGUUGGUGGCAUCUGCCAGUCACGACAAGUAUGUCAAGCUCUGGAARUGAUUGUUGUUUCAGCGCAUCAUAGAUAGAGGGUGAAACUGUUGUCUUGUGUGUUCAUAUAACCAUUUAGGUCUAACAGCUCUUUGUGAGUGGUUUGUUACAAAUUUGCAGUAGGUCUAGCAGGGAAAGAAAAGGGACGCUAGAUCAUGUCCAUUGCUUCUUUGUUUUAGCCCCCUUCAACCCCAUCUAACAUCACAAGAAUCCUUUUGUAGCAUCAGAUGCUAACCAUGUGGCCAAUUGUUGUAGUCUGUGGUAUUAGCCAGUUAUUACUAUUACAACCCAAGCUAGCGGAAUGUGUCAUUUGAGUGCUUAUUUAUGUUAACAGUAACACAUGCGAGUCUUUGCAUAGACUUAAGUUAUAAUUUUGUAAUGUAUAUACUUUAUAUGUGCUGAUUUUCAAAUCCAUUUUCAUGCUUUC